AUGGAAGAAGCCAUUCCCACCUCUUCUUCUUCCUGUCCCUCUUCUCCAACUCUAAAACAAAAACUAAAACACAAAUACGCUUCUUUCUUCUCUCCUUUUCGUAAAGCCAUUCCUCAUGCUACAUUGCCCUCUUCCCGGAUCAAACGCAAGUGCAAGAGCUUCAUUUAUCGUAUUGGCCGAAAUAGCGGCGGCCAAGGACAAGGACAGGACUAUACGCGCUUCGGCCACCAUCGCCGAAGUCACUCCCACUCCGGUGAUUUUCAUUACGAUGCUAUGAGCUAUGCUUUGAAUUUUGAUGAAGGCAACGAUGAUAUAUCUGAAAAUGAUUUUCCCUUGAGUUUCUCGUCUAGAUUGCCCCCGGCACCGCCCAAGACGGAGAUUGAGUGUGUUUGA